AUGGAUGACUACUACCAGCAUGACCAGUAUCAAGGUCGUCCUUUGUCGCUGAAUGAACGAACAUAUCCGGAAUUUGGAACAAAAAAAUGCUGGAGAAAAAGAUUAUCGGAAUUGGGUAGUCCCGUUUGGGCGACAGACGAAUUGAGGAGAAAUUUCGUUACUGCCUAUCGUGCGAGGCUAUCAAGGGAAGAAAAGAGGGCAAUAAACAACAGUCGUGUGAACAUCGUCAAAAGAUACUAUAUUAUGGAUAACAUGCUUUUGGAGGACGAGCAGUUCGAUUGGCUUCUCGAAUGGUACAAAAUAUACAAGUGCAUCAAUAUGAGGCGUUCGAGCAAAGUCAAUGCCAGUGUAGCUAUGAAGGAGUUGGGUUUUAUCGGCGUUGCGCGUCAAGAAUCAAACGAUUCCGGAGAGAACAACAUUUGUUCUAUGCGUAGCGGUCACAGAUUCGCGGACGUAUCGAGUCACGUCGGAUGCGAUCCAGAUAUGAAUGGUUAUACUAUGAACAGAACGGAGAUGUUCUCUAUCGCGAACAACGAUUCGUUUCCACAUACGCUUAUCGCGGAAAGCUGUCGAAACAUUGACAUAUUUUCUGAUGAAAAUGUACCUGCGGUGUCGAACCAGAACUACACCUCGUUCGAAGAUGAAUAUCAAUACUUUGUUCAUCAGUAUACGUUCGAAGAUUACCUCAAUGAACUGAGCGUUGCGUUGGGAGACCAGUCGAAUAAUGAAGUUUUAGCAUCCCCAGUGGAACCAAUCUUUUACCCAAAUCUUGACGAGACAUGCGAACACAAACAUGAGCUCGAUGCGGUACACGAUUUUGAACAAUCUCGUCAAUAUACUCUACAAGAGCUUUUCAACGAAUAUGAUCGUCUUGUGCAAAAUUCUACUUUUGCUGUGGAGUCAUCUGUGACGCAGUCGGAGGUUUUGCAAGUUGGAUAUGGUGAUUGGAAUAACGCACGCGAUGCAAAUACUUCUCAAAAUCUUAAAUACGGUAGAUGUACUGAAAAUCUCGAACAGGAUACGCGAAUAACUCACGCCAAGUCGAUUUUCGGAAUGAGUUUGAUUGUUGCGAGACGGAAAGUCAAGGAAGAGCGAUCUCAGGUCAAUGUGCUCCCUCUCCAUCGCAAGCUUGGUGCCUCUACCCUUCGGGAUCCUUCAUCAACGACAUACCGAAUAAUGGAAUGGCAAUGUCAUCGUUAA